GCGAUGAGUGAGCAUGAGUCUUUGAUUAACCACGGUCAGUCUUUUCUCAGACACAGCGAGAGACGGCGACACAAACUGGACACACACACACACACCUCCCUCACUCCUGAUCUUCAUCAAAGAUCAUAGAAAAAAAGGACCAAAUUUAAAAUCGGCUUCAUUUCAGUGGACUCUUUUAAACGGGGGUGUCCAAAGUUUUUCCGCUGAGGGCCGCAUACUGACAACUCAAUGGAGGCGGGGGCCACUUUUCCAUUUUUUAACCAACCCAUGUAGAUAUGUCAAGACGUUUUUAUAUUUAAGGAAAAAAAACAGCCUGCGUCACAGCUUUGUGUUGUUGUUUUUUGUUUUUUUACAAAUGUUGUAACUUUAUUCUCGUACAUUUUUUUUUCUUGUAAUAUGUCUUGUCACGAUAUUUUGACUAUUGUAAUAUAACUUUUACCCAACUUAAUUUUUCUACAAUACAAUUGUAUUUUUUGCUUUUUACAAUUUUUAAAAAAGAAUAUAUAUUUCAACUUUAUGUUGUUUUUCCUCUUAAUAUUAUCACUUUAUUCUUAUAUUUUGUCUUUACUUUCGUAAAAUUACUAAUUUUUUUUUCCAUUUUUGCUGUUUUGCCUGGCCGCACUGUGGACUCACCUGCUUUUUAAAUCAUUAAGUAUUGGGAAUGUUUUUGUCACCUUUGUCUUGAUGUCAAGCUGAAGUGGUGACGCUCUUGUACAAUGCAAUACACGACUCGUACAUACGCCAUAGUUGGCGGGAUAACUGGAUGUGGGCGGUCGAUCCCACUACAUCUCAGUAGGGGGCGGGAGUGCACACUGAAAGUUACUUGCUAACCGCCAUUAAAAGAAAGAAGGAUUCACGUCUGGACUGUCGUGUACUAAAACUCCAUAAAGUUGACAUUAUACACAUCAGUCAUAAAUAUGGACACAGAUAAUCGGAUUAUGACUUUAAAUGACAUCUGUUGCAGAGCGGUCAGUGAACAUAUGGACGUUUUGGGGACAACAGCGGUACUUGAUCUUCCGACAGAACUCCUAAAAGAUCUUCUUCCUCAUCUGGAUGUGUGUCAGCUGGAUGAACUUCAGCCGGGCCUCAACCUCAAAGGAAUAUCCACAUUCUCUAAAUGGUCAAAAUUCUGUCAACUAUUGACCAGCACAGUGAACACAUGUGCCACGGAGCAAGAUGUGAAACAAGAAGUCAUGGGUCGGAUUUUUGAAAUGGUCAUCAACGAACUCUAUAUACCUUCAAUUUUUGGGAAGCAUUUGAACAAUCCAAACGUCUUAUUGCCGGCAGCUAAAAGCAUCAACCAUUUUAAGCUGUCCUGCGGGCCCAACACAAGGAUCGACUUGAUAGCUGGACAGACGCCUGUUCUCAACGUUUUAGAGAAGACUGUUACUAGAUUUUCACUAUGGAUUGAUAAAAGUGUGCUCAGGCAGAAGGGGAAAUCACUGAUGUACAUCAUCCAUCGCCUGAUGCAACAUGGCGUCACCAAACACAUCAUUCUUCGUACCGAUGACAAAGACAUCUUGUCCAAGGUGCUGUUUGAAGGAGGAUGUCUCAGCAGACUUCACAGAGAAAACGUCUGGAAUGAAGAAGAGGAUGAAGAAGAAGAAGAAGCCCUUAAAGAUGCACACUUUCAGAUGUACCCAUACAUUCGUUAUCAAAACAUCCACACAUGCAUUGGGUGUCCAAACAGAUUCAUUGAACAUCUGGAACUGGAGGACUGUUCACCAAAGAUCUUUAACCAGCUUACUAAAAUCCUUCCUUUAUGCUCCCGCCUGAGCGCUCUGACGUUGCGCAGCAGAUCACCCAUACCUGUUUCGGAUAUGUUGGACUUCACCAAAGCUCUUGAGCAGCUGUUUCAAUGCUCUGACGCGUCCCUUCGCCAUCUGUCCAUCGACCCAAUGUCGUGCCCGUCAUUGCUGAGCUUCCUGUUGAGCGCCUACCCCAGGCUGACGGAGCUCAAUGUGAAUUUCGGGAACUUCUUCAUGGAGGAGCUGCCUCUGGCAAACAAUACAAGCAAACUUUUGCUGCAGCGCCUGUCAGUCAAAGUUUGUGGGCAGCUGACAUCUCCCGCCUUCCUCUUGUCUUUGUUGAGACGCUGCCCCCACCUAGUCACGCUGCAUUUGGAAGGGGUCCACCUGCCAGCCCCCUACUCUCAAAAGGACCUCCUCACCACACUCUCAGAGUCUAAUGGUCGCCUGACAAGUCUCCACUUGAUGAACCUGAACUUGUCCGAUUGUUUCCACCAGAUGCUCACCAUGUUGCGAGUGUGCAAGCUGGAAGGUAACAAAUUCCACGGUGUCGUCUUCUCGGUUCCGCCAUGUUUGAUGCUGCUAUGUCUUUCAGAGCUGCGCCUCCACAGCUGCCAUCUACUGGUGCAGCAGAGCAACAAGCAGGAGGCUUUGCGACUGCUGGUCGACGCCCUGAAGGCGGUGCCGUCUCUGCGCAAGCUCAUUUUGACUCAAAAUUACUUCGCUCGGGAUGUCCACGUGUUGGCAGAACUCUUCACUGGACCGGCGCCAAGCUCAGUGGAAUACCUCGAUCUCCGCCAUAACUUAAUUCUGCCAAGCGGCAUGCUGCGCUUCGCUGAGGUCUUGACGACACAUCCUCCACCGCAACGUCUCACCCUCGACCUCACGUACAACCAGGGAAACAACAGAUACGAAUGGAAUGCUGUAGUGGACAAGCUCCGCCCAUUCUGUCAGCGGGUGGCCUACGAUUGGGAACGUCCAGCCUGAUCUGCUAAUGUUACGAGGCGAUGAGUGCGCAUGAGUCUUCGAUUAACCACGCCUGCAACCUGCACGUGCUGGAAGAACUCCUCUGGACCGAUGCCAAGCUCAGCUGAGUACCUUGAUAUCUGGUGAGUGCUCACUAGGCCCUGCUGCUGCCCCUGUGGAGAAUCCAAGUCUGGGGAAGGACAUUGUGGGCUUCUCUACUCGAAUGCUCCCAUCCUCCACCAAACCGUCUCACCCUCAACAUAACAUACCACUCCUGAGACCAAGACCCAGACAUGUGGAAUGCGGAAUGCUGCACUGCACAAACUCCGCCCAUUCUGUCAGCAGGUGUUCAACAACUGAUUCCAUCAACACGAUGGCCGACCACAUCAGUGGCAUGUGACGAGGCAAUGAGUCAGUAUGAGUCUUUUAUUAAACACUGUCAGUCUUUUCUCAGACACAGCGAGAGACGGUGACACAAACAACUGAAAACAUACAUGGCUUCCUCACCCUUCAUCUUCAUCAUAGCUCUCACUGUGAAAGCAACAAGUAGAAAAAAAAAAUGUCCAAAUUCAAAAUGAGCUUAGUUUCAGUCGACUCUUUUCUAUUUUUAAAUAUGGGAACAUUUGUGUCAAGUUUCUUUCCUUGAUGUCAAGCUGAAGUGGUAACACUGUCUGCAUGCUGAUUGGUUGCAGCCACCUUUAAAAGACACGUUCACGUCAAAUGCAACAAAAUGUCAUUUUGCACCAAAAACUGAUUGAACCAACCUUAAUGUUA